UAAAAACAGAAAAAUAAUGCGGAAGUAAAACUGGGAGCGGGUUUGUUUUGUUUAUUGCCACCAGUCUUUCCUCGUGGACGAAGCCAUACUAGCUGAAUACCCAACUCUCAGUCCACUGCAACAUGUCUAAACUCCAGUCGUUUCGUGUGUUUUUAAAUGAGCGUUUAACUGCGGCAGCUGUGGAGAUUUUCGGGGCAGUUGAAGAAACGGUAGCGGAAUACCAGGAGGAGAAUGAUCGGCUACGUAGACUGCUGCGGAUCACACCGAUUAUAAAACGAUGUAACGUAGACUCCCUGCAGCUCUCUGUCUCUGAGGAGGAGGUUCUCCCUGAGCAGCAGCACUGUGAGCAGGAGUGGAGCCCAACUCUGGGGCAGGAGAACCCAGAACAUCCACAGAUUAAAGAGGAACAGGAGGAACUCAGGACCAGUCUGGAGGCUGAUAUCAUAGAGUUCAAAUUCAUUCCUUCCUGUGUGAAAAGUGAAUGUGAUCAGGAGGACCCACUUCAGUCCUUGACUCUUCCCCAAACCCAGAAUGUGGAGAACAGAGAGCGUGACCCUAAACAAGUGGAACUCACACCUUUUGUUACUGUGACCCACCUACAGGGUCUCUACAUUCCCUGUGACCCUCAAGAUAAUCAAAACAAUACCUCCAGCCAAAGCUCAACCUUAAGCAGCGACCCAGCGGCACUUGACAGCAGCCCAUCGUUGGAUCCCAGCCCACCAUUGGAUUCCAGUCCGUCAUUGGAUCCAAGCCCAUCAUUGGAUCCAAACCAGUCAAUGGUGGAACACUGUUUCAAACCCAGCACCAUGUCUAGAACAACUCACCGCUGCCGUGACUGUGGCGAAAUGUUUGCAAUGAAAGCUGACCUGCAGAGGCAUGUAACUCUCUUUAAGAAGAGGCCCAGUGAAUGUCGCUUCUGCAAAAGAAACUACAACUCCACCUGUAAACUAAAGGCCCAUAUCCGACUCUGUCACAGUGGGAAACCCUACACCUGCCCUGUUUGUGGCAAGACCUUCAAACUCAAAGGGAAUCUGUCCAAGCACAUGAGGAUUCACACAGGAGUGGGAGAGAAACCAUUUAGCUGUGGAGACUGUGGGAAAAGCUUCUAUCAGAAGGGGGACUUAAGUAGGCAUAUACGGACUCACACAGGAGAGAAAUUGUUUAUCUGUGGUGAUUGUGGGAAAAGCUUCAAUUUGAAAGGGAACCUUAGGAAGCAUAAACUGACUCACACAGGAGAGAAACCAUUUCUCUGUGAUGACUGUGGGAAAGGCUUCAGUCAGAAGGGGACCCUAAGGAAGCAUAAACUGACUCACACAGGAGAGAAACCAUUUAGCUGUGGAGACUGUGGGAAAAGCUUCAGUCAGAAAGGGACCCUAAGGAAGCAUAAACUGACUCACACAGGAGAGAAAUAAUUUAGCUGUGACAACCUUUUGGAGGGGGGAGGGGAGGGGGGGGGUGAAUGAGCCAAGUGGAAGCUGGGGGUGAUUAGGUGGUGGAGAUGGUAUGAGGGCCAGAUUGGGAAUGUAGUCUCUCUUGCCCUCUUUCUGUGUGUGUAAGCGCAAACUGUUUUAAAUGCAUUAUUGUUUUUUCAGUCACAUUUCAAUAACAUUCUUUAUAAUUGCUGUUCAUAACUGCCUUCUCUGGUUUAGUGCUUGCUGUCCCAUCAGUCCCAAGCAGCUGCCAUUAGUCACGUGUUACAGUGUGUUGUCUUUUAAUUCAGUUCAUGCAAGGAAUGAUCAUCCUAGAUCAGCCUAAUACUUAACAUGUGGGAAAACAAUGAUAUAAUAGUUUUACGUUAUAAUUUGUAUGGAGCUUGUAGUAUAACCCCAUUCACAUCGGGGCGCUUUGUUAUGUUUAUGGACUAGCCACCCGCUGAUAAAAACAGAAUAAGACAAUA